AUGGCAAGAUACACCGUCAACGUUGCAGCAAGAGGCAGAAGGGCGAGCUUGCUCGUCGUGCUGUCGCCAUCUCAGCUCUGCUCAGCCUUGCAUGAUCGUGUCAAGUCGCGCCUGCCAGCCUUAGCCACAAAACUAGGCCUCACCGACGCGAAGCAACCCCAAAUCACACUGCAUCUGGAAAGGAACGAUGGGCCAAUGCUGAAUCUCGAGGAACUCCUCUCCGACGUCCUACCCGACCCCAAAGAGACUGUCUAUGCGGUCGUUGAUAUACACGAAGAACAGUCCGCUUCCUCCAUCCCACCACAAUUGGCGACGUCUGGCAGAUCGACAAAGACGCUGCAUAUCCGCGUCAUUACCCCAGAGUCAGCUCAAUCCAGAACUAAUGUCGUCAGCCUGAUCUCGACGCCCGUGUCGACUAAGUGUACCCUGAAGCAUUUGAAAGGUAUCAUUCAAGAACACUUGGGCUUUCCGACGGAAGAGGGAGCGUGUCCUGCUCUAGAGUGCAAUUGCAGCUUUGCUCGAAAUAUUGAUGACAAUGCCGUUCUCAACGUCGAUAGAACUGAAGACCACGAUGCUCUCCAUACAGCUAUUCUUGUUCACUCCAACAACGUUGUAGUCGCCAUUCCAGUCGAUGAUAACAAGCUCAGUACGAUUCAGCGGGCAAUGAACAGUUAUAUGGAGCGUAUUCUAGAGCGGAAGCUGUCCGACAAAUUUACAAACGUGUUAGGAGGUGUUGUGGACACAGGUGUGCAGCUUUCUGGAGAUAAGAGCCAUCUUAAACUCCCAAUCAUGGCUAAUUGCUCGGAGCGAUGCCAUUCCCAUCGUCAAGAUCAAGGCCGACAAUCUGGGCAUGACGCAGCUCAGCGAGCAUUAGUCGUCGACAUACACACAUCAGAGUGCCCUCUCGAAAUCACUGCACACAAUGCCGACAUUACCAUUGAAGCGGCGCGACUGGAAGAUUGCGCUGUCAAUGGCAUUCUUGAUAUCUACGCUGUGCAGCGAUGGAAACUAGGUCAGAAUGAACGCGUUGAUCAAGGAAAAGCUGGCAUCUUUAAGAAGUCAGAGUCAUGGGAACACCACAUCGGCCAAACUGACCGUGGGCUAGCCAGCCUCCUGUCGACCUUGCGUGUCUUCACCGAACUGACAGGGGAUCAGAGCAUGGUAGAUGGCCAACGAGAUUCGGUCCUACAUAUGAUCCAUCUCUUGACACAAUUUCCCCCUGCUGUCCGAGCCGCACACAUCCUCAUGCGUGGCGAGACUCCGGGACUCCCUGAGCGGGCUGCGUUAGCGCAGUGUUUAUACGAGGUUCUCAAGAGCGUCGUCCCUCUGCAAACUGUCCGCUCUGACCCGAAGCGAUUCUUCGAAGGAUCUCGUCUGCUUUUCGGUCUCAUCCUAGAGAAGGCCAAGAACAUGAAAAUCAACUUGGGAGAAAAUUCCACGCUGCCAUAUAUUGGGAUGAAGGUUUAUGAUCUACGAAACCUGAUCACUAUGCACCCGGUACUUUCGGAGUCUGUCCAGACAAUGUCUGGUCUCGUCGAUAGACCGUUGCAAAGUGGUCUCAACAGUCGACUCAACAUGGAUCGAAUUGCUAAAGUUUCCGGUGGUACUAGAACGCAAGUCUUAGUAUUCGACCCCGAUGCCGUUAGGACCAGCUCACGCUAUGUGGACAGUAAUGACGUCAAAAAUGUCAUCUCACCUGCGGAGUAUGUUGACCUCACAUACCUGGCCAAUCUCUGCAGCCGCAACCAACUAAGUGUCAUUCCGCCAGCUCGUCUGGCUUCUGCCUCUGCUCCCGUCUUGACUCUGGACAGAGAUGGCUUCCUGGCUGUAUACGUGGGGCGUGCAGGUUGUGCCGAGGCAGGCAGAGAUAUUCUCAUGUUCCGGCCAGCUAGUAUGAGUGAAGAAGAGGCCGUGGACGUUUCGAUCAUUACACAGUUAUUGGAACCGAUCCUUGCCCAACGCAAAGCUGAUGGGUCCAUUGUCUUUGAGGCCUAUGGCGAUAGUCAUCGUAAAUUGACUGCUCCGGACGAAACAACAAUGAUAUGUGUCGACUUGUCAUCAAGUAUGGAUGAGCGUUGCGGUUUCGAUGACAUACAGAACAGCGAAGAUGCGGAAGAAGAGAUGCAGGAACAGGUGCGGUCCACCGUAGCCCCCCCUCAAGCGCCGGUAGAAGAGAACAGUGCUUUCGAUUUACCUGGCCCUGAUGAGCUGAAAGAGUAUAUUCGCUCUCACGAAUCGUACGACGACUUCAUUGCUAUCGUCGGCACUGGUAAAGAUGAUUACCACCGCCGUCAGAACGCCAAGAAGGUGUUCGAGAUCCUCAAACAACUCCACGAUCAGCGGAUAGAAUCGAAGAGAAAACAAUUGGAAGGUCUCAGGCCAGGCGAGGCAAUUCCCAAGCUACACAAGACUCUCCCUACCACUGAGAGCCCUGGAUUUGAGGUACCGCCCGAGUAUCAUUGCCCCAUCAGCAGUAAUGUGAUGGAAGAUCCUGUGACUACUGUGGACGGGUUCACAUAUGAGCGAAAAGAAAUUGAACGGUGGCUUCGGUUCAACGAGCGUUCGCCGUUUACAAACUUGAUCCUUCCUAGCAACGAUCUACGACCCAACGUACAUAUGCAGGAGCAGAUUACUGCAUACAUGAAUGGUUCUGACAUCAUGGCAAAGUAUACGCAAUCGGGCAACAGGACGAGACCCUCUUCCAGCACAAUGCGGAUUACUUUCAGAUCACCACUCGAAACGCGAUCGAUGGGCUUGCCACGCGAGUUGAAGGUAGCAGACCUAUGGGAAAUUGCCUUUCGUCUGACCAAGGGCCGCUACACGAGCUACGAGCUACGGCAUCGAGAUGUUCGGAUCCCUGAAACUCAAGAACUCGCCGUCAACAUGAUCAAUGCCGCCUACGAAGUGUUUAUCACAGCUCUGGAGUCGACGGCAUCGAGUACGAACAAUGGUCUUGAGGAACUGUGUCUCAUCAAGGUAUAUCGCAACCACUACCAGGACAGUGUUGUGUCAUAUUGGACACCGAAACAGACUACCAAAAGUCUAGCAUCAGCUGUCUUCCGACAUUAUCGUCAGAGGUUCAUGGACAUGUCGACAUACCGCGUUGAACAGCCCUUCAUCUUCUGGACCAGAUUGCAUGAUACUAGGGACAACCACAUUGCCGGCACACCAGUGUACGACCACUGGAGGUCCAUGGCACCCUAUUUCAACAGUACCGAUUCGACUGGCAAGCUAGCAACAGAGAGUGUUGUUGACAAAAACUCCAACGACGACGUAUCAGACGAUACAGAUCAUAAAGAUCCAGCGCCGGGUACUCGUCCUCUUGUAUUCAAGGUAUUUCUAGGAGGAUCCCCACGCUCUAGUAAGAAGCGCGAUACAUUGAGCCGCCUAGACGUCCUGAAGCAGAUGUUUGAUGCCUACGUCAAUCGUCUGCUUGCAUAUAACUUCCAGACACAUCUUGGUUUGGUUACUUUCAGUAACAAGUCGUCUUUAUCACAGAAAAUUACGAAUGCUUUCGAACAAUUCCGUCACAAACUCAACAAAGUGAAAGCAUCUGGGGACACGGCUAUCUGGGACAGUAUUGCUCUUGCACAGGAUCAACUCUUGGAGUACGCCAAGCAGUACCCGAAGGCGAAAUUGAGAAUCAUCUGCAUUUCUGACGGAGAGGAUAACAAAUCCAAAAUUGAAGCUCAUAGCCUACCCUCAAGCCUGUAUCGUAGCGGUAUCGUGGUUGAUUCUUUCUGCUUGGGCGAUGAGAGCGACAAUGCCGAUCUCAAGUCGACGUCUUAUCUGGUAGGCUGGUAUGUGUUCCAACCGAACAGUCUGGAGGAAGCUAUGGCGAUCUGUGAAAUGGAACCCGUGCUUUCCCUAUCGGAGCGCCCGGAUAAGGCCCCAAAGAAUACUGUCUACCAUCGCAAUUAUCUCGCAAACCCAGGCCUGUAUAGCUUUCGUGUUACUCAAGAGAUCGUCAAGGUCGAAAAAGUCAGCCGCCACGAACUUCCGGAUCGCAAGCAACAUCCCCAACUCGCAGAGCCGUUUGUUGAGCUUGGUCACUUCAACAAAGUUACGGCAACUAAUCGUACAGGCGAUACUGUACGACUGAGCAGAAUUCACAACGAGAUUCGUAAUUCAGGCGCUAAGCCGCACCUGCAUUACGAUGUCUAUAUCAGUGAGUCAAACAUGGGGCUCUGGAAGGAUGUAAUGCAAGGCCCAGACGAUAGUACAUACGCUGGUGGUGCUUUCCUUCUGUACUUGGAAAUGGGAAAUAACUACCCGAUGUCACCGCCAGAAGCACGCUUCAUCACACCCAUCUACCAUCCCAACAUCAAUCGUCAUGAUCUUAUCGAUACCAUCUAUUUGCUACUGCUUGUGCCAGAAUUCAGCGACCCUAUCAGCACUGUCGUUACACUCAACUACCACUGGGACGAGGUCCAAUUCAAGGAAGAUGCACAGCGUCAUAUUGAGAAGCACGCCAGCAAGAGCAGGGAGUCUUGGCGUAACGAGAUCGUGGGCCAGGCUGAGUGA